GUUGUCAACAGCUACCAGCAUGCCAGGGAGGUGCUCCUGAAGAAGGGGAAGGCUUUCGCUGGACGGCCACGCACUGUGAGUUGGUUGCAGGUUUUGGGGAAACCCCUCCCAACUGCGGUGGGGGGCGAGGACAUUGCCUUCGCCAGCUAUGGGCCCCUCUGGAAGUUCCAGCGCAAGCUGGUGCACACCGCCCUCUCCAUGUUCGGGGAGGGCUCGCUUGCCCUCGAGAGGAUCAUCUGCCGGGAGGCUGCAUCACUCUGUGAGACACUCAGCGCUGCACAGAACAUGGCCCUGGACAUGGACCCCGAGCUUACUCGGGCCGUCACCAACGUGGUCUGCUCCCUCUGCUUCAACUCCUCGUACCGGCGUGGGGACCCAGAGUUCGAGGCGAUGCUGGAGUACAGCCAGGGCAUCGUGGACACCGUGGCCAAGGAGAGCUUGGUGGACAUCUUCCCCUGGCUCCAGAUCUUCCCCAACAAGGACCUGGCCCUGCUGAAGAGAUGUCUCAAGGUCCGGGACCAGCUGCUCCAGCAGAAGUUCACUGAACACAAGGAGUCCUUCUGCGGGGACACCGUGAGGGACCUCAUGGACGCCCUCCUCCAAGUGAGGCUCCGUGCCGAGAACAGCAGCCCCCCAGCACCAGGGCUGGAGCUGACAGACGACCACCUCCUCAUGACAGUGGGGGACAUCUUUGGGGCUGGCGUGGAGACCACCACAACUGUGCUCAAGUGGGCUGUGCUCUACCUGCUCCACUACCCCAAGGUCCAGAGGAAGAUCCAGGAGGAGAUGGACCAGAAGAUCGGCCUGGCACGCCACCCCCACCUCAGCGACCGCCCGCUGCUGCCCUACCUUGAGGCCACCAUCAGUGAAGUGCUGCGCAUCCGGCCCGUGUCCCCCCUGCUCAUCCCACACAUGUCCCUUGCUGACACCAGCAUCGGGGAAUAUUCCAUCCCCAAGGGUGCCAGGGUCAUCAUCAACCUCUGGUCUGUGCACCAUGAUGAGAACGAGUGGGACAAGCCCGAGGAGUUCAACCCCGAGCGCUUCCUGGAUGAGCGGGGCCAGCACAUCCACUCACCCUCACCCAGCUACCUGCCCUUCGGGGCCGGGAUCCGCGUCUGCCUGGGUGAAGUCCUGGCCAAGAUGGAGCUCUUCCUCUUCCUGGCGUGGGUGCUGCAGAGGUUCACGCUCGAGUGCCCCCAAGACCGGCCCCUACCCUCGCUGGAUGGCAAGUUUGGUGUUGUGCUGCAGGUGCAGAAGUUUCAGGUGAAGGCCAGGCUGCGGGACGCCUGGCGAGCAGCCUCGUGA